UAGUCUGGCAUCAUUUGUCUACAUUACAUAUUGUAGGUGUAAAGGAAGGGAGUGGGGAAGAAGAAAAUGCAGGGGAAAUUUUAGGUUGUUGUGGGGGCUAGUUGUGCAGAGUAAAAGGCAUUCUGAAGCUGCUUAGAGAACCUCUGCAUAUACUUCAGCUGUCGCAUAUUUUCUAGCCCCUCUCCCAGAAUCGGGACAGGAAUUACCUCAGGAUCAACAGGGAAGCACCAUGGAGCGUCGGAGCUCAGGCAAGGUCAAACGUCUGGCCACGCUGCUCACAGGUCUGGUGGAAUGCAUGUGCUUUGCAGGUGUCAUUUUUGGAUGGGCAUCCCUGGUGUAUGUCCUCAAGGAUUUGAACUACUUUGAGAAUCUGUGUGUGUCAGCAGCUGCCAAUCAAACAGGCAAUGUUACAGACUGCAGUGCUCAGGAUGAACAGUUUUCCCUCAUCUUCACCAUUGGCUCCUUCAUGAACAACUUCAUGACCUUCCCAACAGGCUACAUCUUUGACCGCUUUGGCACCAUGGCAGCCCGUCUGCUUGCCAUAUCUGCCUACACCUCUGGUACCCUCCUCAUUGCCUUUUCUUCAGCAGCCACUGCUAUAAUGUUAUUUCCAGCACUAUCGUUUCUCUCUAUUGGUGGGAUCCUCCUUAUCCUCACCAACAUGCAGGUUGGGAAUCUCUUUGGAAAACAUCGCUCAACCAUAAUUACCCUCUACAAUGGGGCCUUUGACUCUUCCUCUGCUGUUUUUCUUGUCAUCAAGCUACUGUAUGAACAAGGCCUCUCACUGAGAACCAUGUUCCUCUUUAUAUCUGCCUGCAGUGCCUGGCACUUGAUCCGUACUUUCUUCCUGAUGCCCCGCAGUCAUAUUCCAUAUCCACUUCCCCCAGGAUACACAUAUGGAGUAAGCUUCCAGAGGAAGUCCCGUUCAUAUCGCACCUACGACGAACAGUGUUACCCCAAAGUCCUGGAUGAGGGUGAAGCACAGGACUUGGAUAAUCCGCUUGCUGACUCAGCAUUCAAAGAAGAAAAUGCCACCAUCAAAGUGAUUGGGGGCAAAGGAGAUACUGAAACUGCACCAAACAUCAAGGAGCCGGCUGUUCUUUCUUUCUGGAGCUGUGUGUUCUCCAAAUUGUUUUUCUGGCAUCUGGUGUGGCUGUCAGUGAUGCAGCUGCGCCACUAUCUCUUCAUUGGCACCCUCAACCCCAUGCUGACACAGUUGGCUGCUGGAGACUCUGCCCUUGUGAGUAGCUACACCAAUGCUUUUGCCUUCACCCAGCUCUGUGGAGUCCUCUGUGCCCCCUGGAAUGGGCUUAUCCUUGACCGUCACAAACGUGGACGUAAAAAGGAGGAAAAAUUUCAAGGGGUACCAGAUUCUCUUGCGGACCUGCGUUCCUGUGUGCUGUCACUGGCCAUCACCGUGCUGCAGUGUGUGGUCUUCUCAAUUUGCGCCUCCAUUCCAGUGCUGCCUGUGCAGUAUGCCACCUUUAUCCUGCAGGUUCUGAGCCGCUCCUUCCUCUAUGGGGGCAAUGCUGCUUUCUUGGCUAUUGCCUUCCCCUUGGAACACUUUGGGAAGCUGUAUGGUCUGGUGAUGGGACUCUCAGCCGUGGUGUCUCUCCUUCAAUACCCCUGCUUCUCACUCAUCAAGGGCCCACUUCAGGGGGAUCCCUUUUAUGUGAAUAUUGGUUUCAUAGUCUUCACACUGCUGGCUUUCGUUAACCCUUUGAUGGUGUGGUGGGAGUGCAAGCGACGAUCGAAGGAACAGCACAGCACCCUCUCUCCAGCCUAGACUGUAGGGAAGUCAGGCCUGGAGUUGUCCAUCUGAGUCCUUCAUUGUGUAGACUUUGGGAACCCUCCUAACAAAAGGGAACCUUCAGAAGAUAUGAAAAGGGAACUGGAGAACAAGCCUCCUCUCUCAGAGCCUUGCUCCCAGCAAAAUCAGGUCAUAGUCCAACACAAUCAGGUGUGCUUAAGCCCAUUGAAACAACUGGACUUAGAUGUGUCUGUUUUUCAAAACCACAAUUUAUUGUUUCCUCUCUGUAUAGUAUUUUUCCCUAGGAAUCCAGUCCAUAAUGUAGCCUUCUAAUGUGGGAAUUUAGGUCAUAUUUUGCUUACAUUUAUUUUGUCCUAUUACAGAGCUCUAUUUUUGUGAAUCAUAUAAACAUGCCAGUAUUAUAAUGUUUAUUAUGUCAGAAAAUGCAACUUUGAAAUGAAAGUCUUAACAUUUUA